AUGAUCAAGAUUUCUUACAAUCUUAAUUAUCAAUUGUCACAUUUAGAAAAUUUACUUUUGCCGUUAUUCAAAAAGUAUUAUGACAAUGAUAGUUUACGUGUUACAAUUGAAAGUGCAAAUCAUAUUUGGUGUGCAUAUGAAAAUCAUCAAUGUGUUGGUUGUGCAUUAAUGACAGAUAUUGGUUCGUAUGAUGGAUUGUAUAUUAUUCUAUUUGGUGUUAGUGAAUCACUACAAAGACGUGGCAUAGGAACACGUUUGUUAAAAAAGAUUAUUAAAUGGUCUCGUAAAAAUAAACAUCGAUUUAUCUAUCUUCACACAGAAUAUGAUAAUGAAAGUGCAAUUAAAUUAUAUGAGAAAGCCGGUUUUCAAAAACAAUUUGAUCAUCCUGAUUAUACGAAAGAAUUACCACAAUUUGACUCUAAUGUACUUCCAAUGUUGUUGUUAAUAAAAUAA